AUGACGUCAAUCAUUUGGGAAAUUGGAAAAGCCCGUCCAACUGCUAUAAUCGAAAUGCUCUUUGCGACCAGUUUCCUCGAGUGGUUUGCCGAAGAGGCUCCGUGCAUUUACGGGGACGUUAUACAAUACAGCAACCGGAGCUUCCCGGUGUCGGUGUUUAAACAGCCAGUGGGCGUCUGUGGCCCGAUCACAUCGUGA